CUAUCGAUGUUUCGCCACCUCUAAUUCAACGCAUAUGUAACACAAAUUUCCUUUGCAGUGCCUUUUGCUCAUUUGUUUUGUUUUCAAUUAAAUUAACUUAAAUAAUGGCAGCCAGCAUUAAACUGAUGACACAGACAUUGCUGCAACGCAGUCUAACACAAUUGUCGCAGCGUUCGUUGCACACACAACCGGCAAUCUUCUCGAGCUUUCGCUCGUCCCGUCAAGUCCAACCACUGGAACAAUAUCCCGAAGUAGAGGUCGUACACAACCCGCCGGAAUGGAAGUACGUGGAGCGUCUGUUGCCACCACAAACAGUGCCACAACCGGUGGCAAAGGCUGACUAUCCAUCGGGUUGGAAACCACAGACCGCCGAUGGCAACAGCGAUGGUUACUUCGUGGCACGCACCAAGAAUCACAUGGUGCCCGUCUAUCUGCAUACACGGCACCGCGGACAACGUCGUAUCACCAUCGUCCGACGCAUUCAAGGCGACAUUUGGCGACUGGAGCGCGAAGUGCGCGACGUUGUGGAACGUGCUCGCAAUGGAAAACUUUGUGCCACGCGUGUCAACGAGCUGAGCGGACAGAUCCAUGUGCAUGGCGACUAUGUGGAUGUGUUGCGUGAGCAUCUCAAGAGCAAGGGCUUUUAAUUGUGCGUCUAGAUGAGAAAUGUUAUUCAAUAAAAACAAAACAC